AUUGACACUACUGUAUGUGUUUAAGCAGACUGCUCUACCCAAAUGACCAUUUUCUCUCUAUAUAUCUUUGAUCGCCAUUGUGACUGUGUUUACUACCAAGACUGGCAUCGUACCAGUCCUGUCCGCCCGCCUCCUCCUGCCUCCUUCAAACCUGGAGUCCAUCGUCUUCCACCAGCACCGCAACCGACGGACACAUACCGAAGGUCGAUAUUCGAUGAAAAGCGCAGUUCCGGACAAGCAAGUACGGUGGAUAUCAAAUCCGAUGGGCUUGGAAGUGGAAGGGCUCUCAAAGGACUUCCGUUUGAUGAAGAGGCUAAACUGGUGUAUGGUGUAUUGAUAUCGCUACGGAGUAUGGUCAAAAGACUGUCUGGACGCGACGAUGAACCCUUUACAUCUUACACAACACCUCAGUACAAACUGCAUCUCUUUGAGACACCAACUGGGUACAAGUUCGUUCUUCUCUCCGACCCAACGUCUGAUUCUCUGCGGUUCAUUUUGCGACAGCUCUAUAUGGGACCCUUCUUAGAAUAUGUGGUACGAAAUCCUUUGGUCAAAUUGGACUCGCGCGAAGAGGGUAUUGAUAACGAUCAGUUCCGUGACGCUGUAGACAGACAUAUGCGGGCACUGUCAAUGUUUGGAUCAUGACAGUCACCCUAGCACCGAGGUCAUGUGACAAAACAAUAUGCAUGGUAACGAUAAUGAUUGAUAUGCU